CUUAUACUCUUCACACCCCUCCAAGGAUUUAAAAAGCAACCCUUGCUUUAGCACUGUCCACCCCCGGGUGCAACUGCUGCAAGUAUGAUUAAGAAGAUGUCUCCAUCCGAGAGCGAGUUCGACAUUCCGGCCAAGAAUUGCCACAGGAUGGUGAUUCUGGGCUCCACCAAAGUUGGGAAGACGGCGAUUAUCUCUCGGUUUCUGAACGAGAGGUUUGACGACCAGUAUACGCCAACUAUUGAGGACUUUCAUAGGAAAUUCUACAGCAUCAAGGGAGACGUUUACCAGCUGGACAUUUUGGACACAUCUGGAAACCAUCCCUUCCCUGCAAUGAGGAGGCUUUCAAUUCUCACCGGCGAUGUGUUCAUUUUGGUAUUCAGUCUGGAUAACAGAGACUCCUUCCAGGAGGUGCAGCGUCUGAAGCGCCAGAUUUACGAGACCAAGUCCUGCCUGCGAAACAAAACCAAGGAGAACGCGGAUGUCCCGCUCGUCAUCUGCGGCAACAAGUGUGACAGGGACUUUUACCGCGAGGUGCGGGAGGAUGAGAUCGAGCAGCUGGUCGGUGGAGAAGAGCAAUGCGCUUAUUUUGAAAUCUCGGCAAAGAAGAACACCAACGUAGACCAGAUGUUUCAGACUCUCUUUACCAUGGCCAAGUUGCCUAACGAAAUGAGCCCCGACCGCCACUGCAAAGUUACCCUGCAGUACUGCGAGGUUCUUCACAGAAAGUCCUUCAGAAGCAAGAAGUGCAAAGACGGGAACGCAUAUGGGGUUGUGGCGCCGUUUGCGCGGAGACCCAGUGUGCACAGUGACUUGAUGUACAUAAAGGAGAAAGCUGUUGGAGGCGGCCAGGCCAAAGAGAGAGGCUGCACCAUCUGCUGACCCCUCUCCUUGUGCGUUAAGAGACUUUCUAAGAGACUUCAAGAUCCGAAGCUUGCCUUUUUGCAAACAGGGCGCAUAAACCCAAAUACUGUAGACUUGAGCCUCUGAGGCCCCACUGACAUAAUGUGAUCCAAACUGUGUUGAGAAGCACGGCGCACGUAGCUCAGCUCCUGUGUAGUAAUGCAGUGUUAAUAAUGCUGUAAAAUCUGCCUCUGCAUUAGCUUGCCGAGAAUGGCACUUGGAAAAUGGAAAAACAUGUUUACAUUUAGCUAUUUUUUUACUUGGUGGAACUUGAAUGUGUGUUGGCGUUAUGAACAAAUCUACUGAAUGUAUAUUUAUUAUGUCUGAGUCCUUUUUUUGC